AUGGAGAAAGUGCGGGUCGCACCCGCGCUCACCAAAGGCUCGAGAGUCGUCAUCGAGUUGUUGAUGGGGCUGUACGUUCUGCAUCCUUUCUACGUGUGGUUGCUGUGGAGAUACUGGUGGCUUCGACCCAUGAUCCAGCAGUCAUUUCGGACCUUCAUGCAGAAGCGUUGCCUAGCCGAUAUGCCGAACCACACGACUCUUCGGAAGACCUAUCUCAAGAAACUCUUCGAGGAAACCAUUCACAGGAUCAGAUGUUCCAUCGGAGACGAUCGAAUCUGGAUAUCUAUCGAUGAGACAACUGAUAUCGAGGGACAAUUUGUUGUCAAUACAAUCAUCAGUGUUCUCAAUCCCGAUACGCCAUCCGUCCCGUUCCUACUCUACUCCGAUAUUGCCGAAAGAACCAAUCACAUCUCCGUGGCUGAGGCUUUCACGGAUUCUCUGAAUUUACUGUGGCCCGACGGAGUCCAUCAUGGAAGAAUUUUGCUGUUUGUGACCGAUGGAGCCUCCUACAUGAAGUCAGCCGCUCAAUGUUUGCGUGUACUCUUCCCUAAAAUGAUACACGUCACUUGCGUCGUUCAUGGACUUCAUCGACUGUGUGAGGAAAUUCGCGUGUUAUUCCCCCAAGUAGACAACUUGAUCGCGCAUAUGAAAAAGGUAUCCUUGAAAUCUACCUCACGAAACCAGACGCUCCGAACGAUUGCUCCGACUGUGCCCCAGCCUUCACGACCGAUCAUUACUCGUUGGGGAACGUGGAUCGUGGCCGCGUUGUAUUAUGCGGAACAUUUCGGAGCACUUCAUCAAAUUGUCGAUGAACUUGAUUCAUCGGAAGCGGCGGCUAUCGCCAAAUCGCAGGAGCUUUUUCGGUACUCUGGUGUGAUAGCGAAUCUCGCUUUCAUAGCAGCCAAUUUGUCCGAGUUUCCUUAG